AUGACAACCAGCACAACAGAAAAGGCGCUCGAGGAUCGCGCCAAGUCGCUGCACAAGAAGGAGAAGAAAAGAUCUGCUGCAGCCGCAGCCGCCGCCUCCUCCAGCGCCGAGGGCACUCCCACGCCCGCAUCUCCCGCCAAGAAGGAGAAAAAGGGCAAGAAGGAAAAGAAGGACAAGAAGCGUUCUGUUGAUGAUUCAGACGAAGAUGACGACAAGGCAGCCAAGAAGCGAAGAAAGGAGGAGAAGAAGGCCAAGAAGGCUUCUGCCAAAGUCGCUGCUACUGCGGCCGCUUCCUCGGUCGAGUCUACCCCUGCUGCGGUAGCAUCCACCUCAUUCACACCCACCAACCCUGCCGCCGCACGUGCCUUCCUCGAGGCAAACAACAUCACCAUCGAAGCACCUGAGGAGUCGAACAAGCGUCCACCGUUGCCGAUGGUGGACUUCCGCGAGCUUGACGGCAAGAUCGAUGCUGCCGUCAAAAAGACACUUGACGCACAAGGAUUCACCACCCCUACACCCAUUCAAGCAUGCUGCUGGCCUGUAUUGUUGCAGGACAAGGAUGUUGUUGGUAUUGCCGAGACGGGUUCAGGCAAGACGUUCGCUUUCGGUCUGCCUGCGCUGCAGCACUUGGUGACCAAGCACAAGGUUUUGGAAGGUGGAAAGAAGAAGGGCAGGGGUGCGCAAGUCAAUGUUCUCGUAGUAGCACCAACACGAGAGCUGGCAAUUCAGACAGAGGAGAACAUGGCCAAGCUGGGCAAGUCGAUGGGUAUCGGUAUGAUCUGCCUUUACGGUGGUGUCUCGAAGCAGGAGCAGGUGCGAUUGCUCAACCAGACCCCCACAGUCCGCAUUGUCGUCGGCACACCAGGUCGUGUUCUUGAUAUGGCAAGAGACGGAUCAUUGGACUUGUCCGAUGUGACAUACCUGGUGCUCGACGAGGCAGACCGAAUGCUGGACAAGGGUUUCGAGCCUGAUAUUCGUGCUAUCAUCGGCAUGUGCACUUCUCGCGAGGACGGUCGUCACACAUCGAUGUUUUCCGCUACCUGGCCUCCUGCUGUUCGUGGUCUCGCAGAGUCGUUCAUGAAUGGUCCUGUCCGCGUCACUGUUGGUUCCGACGAGCUCUCCGCCAACCGACGUGUCGAGCAGACCGUCGAAGUCCUCGCUGACGGCUACGCCAAGGAACGCCGACUCAACGACUUCCUCCGCUCCGUCAACGCACAAAGUUCCAAGGACAAGAUCCUCAUUUUUGCCUUGUACAAGAAGGAAGCCCAGCGUGUCGAGCAGACACUCCGUCGCGGCGGUUUCAGCGUCUCUGGCAUUCACGGUGAUUUGGGUCAAAACGAGCGCAUUGCUUCGCUCGAGCGGUUCAAGUCCGCAGAGACACCGCUGCUCGUAGCAACUGAUGUCGCUGCCCGUGGUCUCGAUAUCCCCAACGUCGAGCACGUCAUCAACUACACCUUCCCAUUGACCAUCGAGGACUACGUUCACCGAAUCGGACGAACAGGUCGUGGUGGUAAGACGGGUAAGAGUUUGACCUUCUUCACUGAAAUGGACAAGGCGCAUGCCGGUGAAUUGAUCAGGGUGUUGAAGGAUGCCGAUCAGAAGGUGCCAGAGGACUUGACCAAGUUCCCUACCACAAUCAAGAAGAAGACACAUUCGAGCUAUGGUGAUCACUUCAAGGAGCUUGUGCCCGGAAAGGCUAAGAAGAUUACCUUUGACGACGAUUAG